ACUUUUAGCUGCUAAGUUAGUACGUGGAUAGACCUGUUUGGACGUCUACUUUUGUACACAAUACUCUACUCAACAUUAGUUUACAAUCCAUCCAUACUUCUUCGACCUUCCUGUUUUCCUGGCAUCCUCAGCCAAUCACAUGUUCCGUUCUUCAGAUCGACAAAAGCAGCCAAUCAUGUUACUCUUUCUUCACAAACGCGUCAUCGUUUUUUCCUCCAAUUUGUAAACACGUGUGCGGAGCGCAGUGUGUCCCUGUCCGUCUACGGAGAAAAUUAAAGCACCUAAAGGACAUCUAUCGUCUUUAAAAUGGCAAAAAGCCUCAGGAGCAAAUGGAAGAGGAAGAUGCGUGCAGAGAAGAGGAAGAAGAACGCUCCCAAAGAGCUGGCACGCCUGAAACAAGCUCUGAGUAUGGAUAAGAAAGGAGACGCUGUCAUGGCCGACAUACAGGACAUCGUCACUGUGGUGCCAGCUGACAAGAUCAAGAAGCAGAUAGAUGUGGGGGAGAUGGAGGGGGAAGAUGGUAAGAUGGACAUGGACAGCAAGCGCAACAAGAUAACUCAACUGAAUGAAAAUGGACAGUACCCCGUGUGGAUGAAUCAAAGGCAGGCCAAAAAACUAAAAGGCAGACGCAUGGCAAAGAAAAACGGCCACAGCAAGAAGAAGAAGGGUCUCGCCUGGUAAAGCAGAGGAAACAAAAAAAACACUGCUUUGCCUUAAAAGACUUUUUACGCUGCAACACAGAAUAAUUUCAUGUAUUGUUUUAUACAUGUAACUGUGGAAUUUCCCAUUCUGUUAAGUGGAUUACAAGAUUCAUGGUUGUGAAACGGAGACUGUUAUUAAGUAAUUCCCUGCAGGAAAAUGUUUGUUCUUAUGGAACAGCAGCUUCAUCUUAGGACACGUUUAGAGAAACUAGAACCAGUCCAAAAUAUGUCUGAUUGUCAUUACUACAAUUAAAGUCUUCAAACCCGGCUACAGUAAACGUCAUGUUUUAGGUUUGAGCGAUACUUGGGUCAUAUGUUGUGUCAUUCCGCAUAUCCCCCUCAUUUAGUUGGAGCUCUCUACUGUCAGAUUCUUUAAACCGAUUUGUAUACAUUUUCAAUAUUGCUGCGUAUUCUAUAAUACAAUUGUAUGCAAAAUAAUAAUGAAUGAUUGCUUCCCACUUGUAAAACAGACUUUAAUUAAAGGUUUUUCUUCAUUUUUCAA